CGGGGGCCCGCAGCCGUCACGCGGUGCCGCCGUCAGAGCGCCGAGAGCAGCCCGGGAGCGGCAGCAGCUCCGCGCUCGGGGACCCGCGCCCAUGCCCGUGCUCAUGCCGGGCCGCCGCCACUGACGCCGGAGAGGUGUCUCCUGUGCCCGCUGGGGCUCCCGCCGCCACUAGGAGUGACCCACAAAGUCCGCAGAGAUGGCUGGGGCCUCAGUGAAGGUGGCGGUGCGCGUCCGCCCCUUCAAUUCCCGAGAAAUGAGCCGCGACUCCAAGUGCAUCAUCCAGAUGUCCGGAAGCACCACCACCAUCGUUAACCCCAAACAGCCCAAGGAGGUGCCCAAGAGCUUCAGCUUCGACUAUUCCUACUGGUCACACACUUCGCCGGAAGACAUGAACUACGCCUCGCAGAAGCAGGUGUACCGCGACAUUGGCGAGGAGAUGCUGCAGCACGCCUUCGAGGGCUACAACGUCUGCAUCUUCGCCUACGGGCAGACCGGGGCCGGCAAGUCCUACACCAUGAUGGGCAAGCAGGAGAAGGACCAGCAGGGCAUCAUCCCGCAGCUCUGUGAGGACCUCUUCUCCCGAAUCAACGACACCACCAACGACAACAUGUCCUACUCCGUGGAGGUCAGCUACAUGGAGAUCUACUGCGAGCGUGUCCGUGACCUCCUGAACCCCAAGAACAAGGGCAACCUGCGCGUGAGGGAGCACCCGCUGCUGGGGCCCUACGUGGAGGACCUGUCCAAGCUGGCUGUCACCUCCUACAAUGACAUCCAGGACCUCAUGGACUCAGGGAACAAGGCCCGGACCGUGGCGGCCACGAACAUGAACGAGACCAGCAGCCGCUCCCACGCCGUCUUCAACAUCAUCUUCACGCAGAAGCGCCACGACGCAGAGACCAACAUCACCACAGAGAAAGUGAGCAAAGUCAGCCUGGUGGACCUGGCCGGGAGCGAGCGGGCCGACUCCACGGGGGCCAAGGGCACGCGCCUCAAGGAGGGGGCCAACAUCAACAAGUCCCUGACCACCCUGGGCAAGGUCAUCUCCGCGCUGGCCGAGAUGGACUCUGGGCCCAACAAGAACAAGAAAAAGAAGAAGACAGACUUCAUUCCCUACAGAGAUUCGGUGCUGACCUGGCUUCUCCGAGAAAACCUGGGUGGGAACUCGCGGACGGCGAUGGUGGCGGCGCUGAGCCCCGCAGACAUCAACUACGAUGAGACGCUGAGUACCCUGAGGUACGCGGACCGGGCCAAGCAGAUCCGCUGUAACGCCGUCAUCAACGAGGACCCCAACAACAAGCUGAUCCGCGAGCUGAAGGACGAGGUGACGCGGCUGCGGGACCUGCUGUACGCCCAGGGGCUCGGUGACAUCGCCGACAUGACCAACGCCCUGGUGGGUGUGAGCCCGUCGUCCUCGCUCUCAGCCCUGUCCAGCCGUGCCGCCUCUGUGUCCAGCCUGCACGAGCGCAUCUUGUUUGCCCCGGGCAGUGAAGAGGCCAUAGAAAGGCUGAAGGAGACGGAGAAGAUCAUCGCUGAGCUCAAUGAGACCUGGGAGGAGAAGCUGCGGCGGACGGAAGCCAUCCGGAUGGAGAGGGAAGCGCUGCUGGCCGAGAUGGGCGUGGCCAUGAGGGAGGACGGCGGCACCCUGGGGGUGUUCUCUCCCAAAAAGACGCCGCAUCUCGUCAACCUGAAUGAGGACCCGCUCAUGUCCGAGUGCCUUCUCUACUACAUCAAGGAUGGGAUCACCAGAGUGGGCCGGGAAGGCGCAGAGAAGCGGCAGGACAUAGUCCUGAGCGGACACUUCAUCAAGGAGAAGCACUGCGUCUUCCGGAGCGACUCCCGAGGGGGCGGUGAAGCCGUGGUGACCCUGGAGCCCUGUGAAGGGGCAGACACCUACGUCAAUGGCAAGAAAGUCACGGAGCCCAGUGUCCUGCGGUCAGGAAACCGCAUCAUCAUGGGAAAGAGCCACGUGUUCCGGUUCAACCACCCUGAGCAGGCAAGGCAGGAGCGUGAGCGCACGCCCUGCGCGGAGACGCCCGCCGAGCCCGUGGACUGGGCCUUCGCCCAGCGCGAGCUGCUGGAGAAGCAGGGCAUCGACAUGAAGCAGGAGAUGGAGCAGAGGCUGCAGGAGCUGGAGGACCAGUACCGCCGGGAGCGCGAGGAGGCCACCUACCUCCUGGAGCAGCAGAGGCUGGACUACGAGAGCAAGCUGGAGGCCUUGCAGAAGCAGAUGGGCUCCCGGGGCUACCCGGAGGCGAAUGAGGAGGAGGAGGGGCCGGAGGACGAAGUCCAGUGGACGGAGAGGGAGUGUGAACUGGCGCUGUGGGCCUUCCGGAAGUGGAAGUGGUACCAGUUCACGUCCCUGCGGGACCUGCUGUGGGGCAACGCCAUCUUCCUCAAGGAGGCCAACGCCAUCAGCGUCGAGCUCAAGAAGAAGGUCCAGUUCCAGUUUGUCCUCCUUACGGACACACUGUACUCCCCACUGCCGCCUGACCUGCUGCCCCCAGAGGCCGCCAAAGACCGAGAGACUCGCCCCUUCCCCCGAACCAUCGUGGCCGUGGAGGUCCAGGACCAGAAGAACGGGGCCACCCACUACUGGACGCUGGAGAAGCUCAGGCAGCGGCUGGACCUGAUGCGGGAGAUGUACGACCGGGCGGCCGAGGUGCCCUCCAGCGUCAUCGAGGACUGUGACAACGUGGUGACUGGUGGAGACCCCUUCUACGACCGCUUCCCCUGGUUCCGGCUCGUGGGCAGUUCAGUCACCUCUGGCUGCAACAGCUACCCUCUUCUCAACACAUGCAUGAGCGAGCGCAUGGCUGCUCUCACCCCCUCCCCCGCCUCCUCGAGCCCCGACUCCGACGCUGCCGAGCCUGCUGAGGAGCAGAGCGUGGGGGAGGAGGAGGACCUGGAGGACGACGUCUUUCCGGAGCGCAUGCCGUGCGACGGCCGGGACCCGUUUUACGACCGGCCCCCCCUGUUCAGUGUAGUAGGAAGGGCCUUCGUGUACCUGAGCAACCUGCUGUACCCCGUGCCCCUGGUGCACCGUGUGGCCAUCGUCAGCGAGAAGGGCGAGGUGAAGGGCUUUCUCCGCGUGGCCGUCCAGGCCAUCUCAGCCGACGAAGAGGCCCCUGAUUACGGCUCCGGCGUCCGCCAGUCGGGAACCGCCAAAAUCUCCUUUGACGACCAGCAUUUUGAGAAGUUCCAGUCCGAGUCCUGCCCCGUGGUGGGGAUGUCCCGCUCGGGGACCUCCCAGGAGGAGCUGCGGAUCGUGGAGGGCCAGGGCCAGGGUGCUGACACGGGGCCCUCGGCCGAUGAGGUCAACAACAACACCUGCUCAGCAGUGACCCCGGAGGGCCUCCUGGACAGCCCCGAGAAAACUGCCCUGGACGGGCCCCUGGACGCCGCCCUGGACCACCUCGGCCUGGGCAGCACCUUCACCUUCCGCGUGACCGUCCUACAGGCGUCCAGCAUCUCCGCCGAGUACGCCGACAUCUUCUGCCAGUUCAACUUCAUCCAUCGCCAUGACGAGGCCUUCUCUACGGAGCCCCUGAAGAACACGGGGAGGGGGCCCCCACUCGGCUUCUACCACGUCCAGAACAUCGCAGUGGAGGUGACCAGGUCCUUCAUCGAGUACAUCAAGAGCCAGCCCAUCGUGUUCGAGGUCUUCGGUCAUUACCAGCAGCACCCGUUCCCGCCCCUCUGCAAGGACGUGCUCAGCCCCCUGAGGCCCUCGCGCCGCCAUUUCCCACGGGUCAUGCCUCUGUCCAAGCCAGUGCCCGCCACCAAGCUCAGCACGCUGACGCGGCCCUGCCCCGGGCCCUGCCACUGCAAGUACGACCUGCUGGUCUACUUCGAGAUCUGCGAGCUGGAGGCCAAUGGCGAUUACAUCCCUGCAGUGGUGGACCACCGUGGCGGGAUGCCGUGCAUGGGGACCUUCCUGCUUCACCAGGGCAUCCAGAGACGGAUAACUGUGACCUUGCUGCAUGAGACAGGCAGCCACAUUCACUGGAAGGAAGUGCGAGAGCUGGUCGUGGGUCGCAUCCGAAACACCCCGGAAACCGACGAGUCCUUGAUCGACCCCAACAUCUUGUCCCUCAACAUCCUCUCGUCUGGAUACAUCUACCCGGCCCAGGACGACCGGCAGUUUCUUGAUUCGGACAUGCCUAGGACCUUCUACCAGUUUGAGGCUGCGUGGGACAGCUCCAUGCACAACUCCCUCCUGCUGAACCGGGUCACCCCUUACCGAGAGAAGAUCUACAUGACCCUCUCUGCUUACGUUGAGAUGGAGAACUGCACACAGCCGGCCGUCAUCACCAAGGACUUCUGCAUGGUCUUCUACUCCCGCGAUGCCAAGCUGCCGGCCUCGCGCUCCAUCCGCAACCUGUUCGGCAGCGGGAGCCUGCGGGCCUCGGAGAGCAAUCGCGUGACGGGCGUGUACGAGCUCAGCCUGUGCCACGUGGCCGACACGGGCAGCCCAGGGAUGCAGCGGCGGCGCCGGCGGGUGCUGGACACGUCCGUGGCCUACGUCCGGGGCGAGGAGAACCUGGCAGGCUGGAGGCCGCGGAGCGACAGCCUCAUCCUGGACCACCAGUGGGAGCUGGAGAAGCUGAGCCUCCUGCAGGAGGUGGAGAAGACCCGGCACUACCUGCUGCUGCGGGAGAAGCUGGAGACGGCCCAGCGGCCUGGUCCCGAGGCCCUGUCCCCCAUCUCCAGCGAGGACUCCGAGGCCCACAGCUCGUCCAGCUCCCCGCUCGCGGCUGCGGGCCGGCCGUCGUCCCUGGAGGCUCCCAACGAGAGGCAGCGGGAGCUGGCGGUCAAGUGCUUACGGCUCCUCACCCACUCCUUCAACAGAGAGUACACCCACAGCCACGUCUGCGUCAGCGCCAGCGAGAGCAAGCUCUCCGAGAUGUCUGUCACCCUGCUGCGGGACCCGUCCAUGUCCCCUCUGGGGGCGGCCACGCUCACCCCCUCCUCCACCUGCCCCUCCCUGGUCGAGGGCCGGUACGGGGCUGCUGAACUGAGGACCCCACAGCCCUGCUCCCGGCCGGCCAGCCCAGAACCUGAGCCCCUGCCGGAGGUGGAUUCCAAGAAGUCCCCUUCCCCUGCCCGGGCAACGGAGGCCGACAAGGAGCCCCGGCGCCUGCUGGUGCCCGACAUCCAGGAGAUCCGGGUCAGCCCGAUCGUCUCCAAGAAGGGGUACCUGCACUUCCUGGAGCCGCACACGUCUGGCUGGGCCAAGCGCUUCGUGGUGGUGCGGCGGCCCUACGCCUACAUGUACAACAGCGACAAGGACGCCGUGGAGAGGUUUGUGCUCAACCUGUCCACAGCCCAGGUUGAGUACAGCGAGGACCAGCAGGCGAUGCUCAAGACCCCCAACACGUUCGCCGUGUGCACGGAGCACCGGGGCAUCCUGCUGCAGGCCAGCAGCGACAAGGACAUGCACGACUGGCUGUACGCGUUCAACCCCCUCCUGGCGGGGACCAUACGGUCCAAGCUCUCCAGGAGGAGGUCUGCCCAGAUGAGGGUCUGAGCCGAGCCCUCCUGGACAGCCAGCAGGCCCGGCCCCGCUCUCCCACCCUCGUCACCAUCUGUCGUGUCAUCCGCCGCCCAGCCCUGCUCCCAGCAGACAGCCAACGCGCCCCCUCCUCCUGGGGAUGCCCGCGCUGGGCCCCAAAAGACCUCUUCUGGCCGGGGACCUGCCACAUGACCUGUCGUGCUCCCAGCAGAGGCCGCGUUUGUUGUCCUUUCUUCAUUCAGAACGCACCCUGGGUGGGAAGAGCUGGGAGACGCCAGGAAGGCCAGAGGACAGGAGCCACGGGGGCAUCGCUGCCAUUCUAAUAUUUUUUUAAGCAUAGACAGACUCUAAUUAAUAUACAUCAGUUAGUGACACUGAAACAGCCCACUCGGAAGUUAACUGUAAGACUGUGUUUUAUUUAUAAGUGUGCAUCUCUAAUGCCCUCACCUACACCCGCAGGGCUCAGGUGGACCCACCCCGCUUGCUCCCAAACGCACCUCCCUAGCUUCUUGGGGACACACAAGGCGGGGCAGCCGCCUGGGAAGACCACAGUGAGGUGGCGUCUGGACAGGCCGGGCGCCUCCUGGUUGGCACCACGGGGCACCUGCCCAGCCUGAGCUGAGGCCUCUGCCCAGCGGCACGUGGGGCAGGCCCUGGUCCCAGGGCGUGUGUGUGUGUGCGUGUGUGUGCGUGUGCGUGUGUGUGUCUGGGGGGUCUGAUGCCUGAGGUCUGAGCAGCGCAGAAGGUGGGUGCAUCCUCCUCGCAGGAGGGAGGACCCACGUCUCACCUGGACAGCAGCUACCUGAGGUGUGACUGUCCCGGUGACGCCGGCAGCCCGUCCCUGGCGGCAUGUGGGACAGCCCGUCCCUGGCAGGAUAUGGGGCAGCCCGUCCCUGGCAGGAUGUGGGGCAGCCCGUCCCUGGCAGCAUGUGGGGCAGCCCGUCCCUGGCAGCAUGUGGGGCAGCCCGUCCCUGGCAGCAUGUGGGGCAGCCCGUCCCUGGCAGCAUGUGGGGCAGCCCGUCCCUGGCAGGAUGUGGGGCAGCCCGUCCCUGGCAGGAUGUGGGGCAGCCCGUCCCUGGCAGCAUGUGGGGCAGCCCGUCCCUGGCAGGAUGUGGGGCAGCCCGUCCCUGGCAGGAUGUGGGGCAGCCCGUCCCUGGCAGCAUGUGGGGCAGCCCGUCCCUGGCAGGAUGUGGGGCAGCCCGUCCCUGGCGGCAUGUGGGAGGUGAGGCAGCAGGCGCCUGGCUGGCAGCUGUCCUGGUGGGAACCAAACGGGAGAGUGGUCAGGGUCCCACCGGGAGUGUCACGUGUCCAGGCCGGCUGGGUGUGGGGAGCUGUGUUUAGAGGUGGUCCAGGCAGUGAGGGGCUUCUGGUGCGGCGUCUGCAGCCACUGUGAGACCCGGGGUGAGCUCCAGGGAAGGAAUCGUGACUUCCCCUCUUUGCCCCAAGAGCGGAGUUUCUGAGUCCUGGUGAGAAAACUCCAUGGGGUCAGGUGAGGGCAGCCAGUGCUGGGGUCAUCCGUCAUCAAGGGGGCUUCCUCCUGUAUCCGAGGGUGUCACCCUUGUCUUGUUCUCCCCUCUCGUGACAAUAUCCAUUUCGUCCCCUUUGCAGACCCCAUGCCUGAGGGUUUCCCGGGACCGGGCAGGAGCCAGCCCCGGGCUGAGAGUCUGGUCGUGUGUCAUGCCCAGGCCAUAAGCCCUUCAGAGAAACCACGGGGUCUUCAGUGACCUGUUCCUACACUCAGAGGCACAUUCAGCCACCGCAGCACAAGACCCACCCCUACCACGUCCCCCAAGAGGGGGUGACGGAGGGUUCACAUUCCAGACUGAAGUCAAACACUGUCCAGAAACCAGCAGGCCUGUGCCCCCCGCACAGGGCUUCCCUGGAGGCAGAGGCCAAGACGCAGAGGCAGAGGGGACAGCACACUCUGGAGCAAGCGCUGACGCGGGCCACCACGAUGGCCUUGAGGGCAGGGAGGAGAGACAGGUGGGGUGAGUUGCUCUAAGAUGGGUCAGUUCCGAGAGCCCCUCCUUCCUGCGGGGAGAUUGGAGGUGCAGGGCCAGGCCACGGCCACUCAGGUCAGCCAGCCUGAGGCGGAGGCCUCCGGAGAGUCUGAGGCCCUCUCACCCCGGGCACAGGUGUCUGGGGCCAGCCAACCUGCAGAGCACCCGCUGAGUGGGGCAGGGGGCCCCCGGGAGGGUUUCUGGGAACCGCCCCAAAUUCAGGGGCCUCCACGGCCAUGGAGGCCUCCAGGGCUGCUUCAUCUGGGCCUUGCGCCGUCUUGGCAGUGACUCGGAACCAGGUGCGGCCCACCUGGUGGCCCCUACCCGCCACCACUUCCUCCUCUCAGGCCAGCUCCACGCAAGGGCCUGGGUCCGAGAAUUCCGUGUGUGAGUCAGGAAAGCUGCUGUCUCGUGCCCGGUGUCACGUAAGCCAGAGACGAGUGGUUUGGGACUCAGUUGCCACAUCUGUGACAUGGGGGGCUGGUCUGGAGGCCCGUGAGGGUCCUCAGGUUGUGGGGUGCAGACAGGAAAGUCAGGUCUGGCUGUGGCUGCUGUGUCCUGCGAGUGGGGAAGGAGAGAAAGAUCCAGAAAGCCGUCUCCCUUGGACGGGUUUCGGUUCAGUGCUUGCUGCCGCCCAGGCUGCAGCCUCAUUGUGCUUGAGGCCGUGCUCGCCUGGAGAGGGCUCUCCGUCCCCCAGGGAGGGGUGGGCUCCUUCCGCUGCGGCCCUAGUAGGAGCCCCAGGGAGGGAGAUGCUGGGCUCCCGGCUGAGCGCCCCGGCUCCAAAGCGAUCCGGCUGGUGCCCAGGGCCGGCUACUGAGACGCUCGUAAGCUUCAAGGCCUCUCUGUUCUGAGUAAUCAUUGUCUCACUCACCGACAAUGCGCGCACACACACACGCGCGCGCGCGCACACACACACACACACACGCGCGCGCGCGCGCACACACACACGCGCGCACACACACACACACGCACACACGCCAGGGCGGCUGCAGUGACGUGGUCUCCCGGCAGUCCUCGUCCCCCCUCGACACCUCUGGGCGGAUGUCGCAAGGCACUCGGGGAGGG